AUGGACAUGGAAAUUGAUGCAGAUCCAACGAAAAAGCUGAAGACUGAAUCAUUUGAGACUUAUAAUAUAAGGAGCUAUGCAGAUAUUUUAUCCCAGCCUUUUCUUUUAAAAAGUGCUAACUCCCCCCCCCCCCCCUCCGUGAGCGAACAAAACCAUUAGAAAAAUCGCCAUUUUUUGACCAAAAACCCACCCUCCGUGAGUGAACAAAAAUUUUUUUAAUAGAAAAAAUUUUAAUGGAAAAAAAUUUUGAUAUAUAAGUGAUAAUUAGUAUAAUGAAAUCUAGAGCUAAUUCUGUUUAAUUUUAAACAAAAUUGCGUUUUAAAAACAUAAAUUUUGCAAAUUAAAUUAAUAUUUGCUUCCCAAUUUUUGCAAAUUAGGAUUUUUUUAAAUUUCGAAAAAAAUAUUUUUUAUAAAAUUUAUAUAUAAAUUUUUUUUAAAAAAAAAAAUUAACCCCCCUCCGUGAGCGAACAAAAUUUUUUUGUUCGCUCACGGAGGGGGGGGGGGGGGGAGUAAGUAUGAAGUGUAUUUUUAUAAAUUUUUUGAAAUUUCACAGUUUGGGAUAUUAUUCCCAAUAGAAUUUAAGCCAUGUCCUGACUUUAUUCAGUUUGUAAAGAAACGAAAGCUGUGGAGCAGCGAGUUAAACUCUUUGAGAGAGUUCCAGCAUGUUAUGUGGUGUGAUCUUUUUCAAGUGCUUCAAGUCAAAAAUGGAAACCUUUCCAAUGCGAAUUACUUGGUAGUUCCUGUAAAAAAGAAAAGAAUUGACUGAGAUAGAGUAAAAAAUGCGCUGUAUGAUGAAGAGUUAAAAACUAUUAGAGAAAUCUCUAUAAAUGAUAGGCCAAAUUACAUGUACCAGAGUGUCAAGAAAAGGCAUUUUUUACAGUAUGUCAAAACAAUUAUGCCUGAUGAGGAGACUGAAAAAAUUUUAAAUGAAAUUUUUGACCAAGCUGUUGUAGUAAAUAAUGAAAAUAAUACUGUUACUGAUAGAAGGAUUUUGGUAAAAGCUAUGAUUGAUAAGAAGAGAAAUAAUGAUAACUACAAGCCAUUUAUCAUUGCCAAAAACGCUAAGCCUGUAAGAAGAAUGCUUAGAGUUGUUACAUCGACCACAAAGUCUCCUAAUAAUUAUCAAAUUCUUUCUGAAGAUGAAAUGCAAAUAUUUUACUUAAAUAGUGUCCAAUAUGAAGAAGCUACACAUCUUCUAGUCAUGUUGAGCUCUCUUGAAAGUGUUUCUUAUAUUAUUCAGUUCGCUAAACUUUACAACUACACAGGCUCGUUUACCUACUUAAGAAAUGGCCUGACAGCCCCUUCACUAGACAAUGAUAGCAACUACGACGCCCUUGAAAAUUUAGGAGAUGUAAUAUUAAAAGUUAUAGCAUCCCUUCACUUUUUCUCCAAAUACGAAAAAGACCGUGAACAUUAUUUGACCUGAAGACGCACAGAAAAAAUAAAAAAUGAUUACCUCAGUAAAAUAGCUAAGCGCCACGAUUUCAAAAAUUAUUUGAGGACAAGGGAGCUUAAAUAUAUAAAGCUCAGACCUCCAUACUAUGAAGGGCAAAAUGGGAAAGACGAAACAGACCAAGUCCUACAAAGAAUUUCAGAUGGGCAGCUCGCUGACAUGGUUGAAUCAUUGAUUGGCGCCUUUUUUAUGGGAGAAGGCAUGCUAAAUUCAGCAAAAUUUGUAUACCAGCUUGACGUGCUACCAGAAGAAGAGCAGAAUUGGGCUUAUACCCUUCAGUAUUUUGAUAAUGAAAAACUCACAGUGCUUGAUAUUGAUAUGAUAAGCUCUGACAUUUUAUGUGAAAAUCCGAGUUUUGGUGACAUAAUACCUCCUAUGUCAGAAAAACAUCCUUGUGGAGAUCUUUUUGAGACCCCAGAAAUGGUAGAAGACAUCAUUGGGUACAAAUUUAAAGACAAGUCUUUACUUUUUGAAGCAUUUACUCAUGCUUCACAAGAAAAUAAAACAAAUUAUGAAAGACUUGAAUUUCUAGGUGACUCUUUGCUGGAUUUAAUAGUGGUUUCUAAUACUUUUCUGAUGGGGAAUUUUAAUGCUGAAGAAUUGACGACUUUUAAGCAUAUUAUUGCUAAUAAUAAUGUGCUUUCAAAGCUGGCAAUUUCAUUGGGGCUUUAUAGGUUUUUGAAGUGUGAUUUAUGUCAAGCAGAAAUUGUUGAUAAGUUUCUGGAUACAGUGACAUGGGAUGAGGAUAUAUGCAAUUUUGGGGCUUAUGAUGACGAUCCUCCAAAAUGUCUUACUCCCCCAUUUAAUAACGAACACUUUUUUUGUUCGUUAUUAAAUGGGGUCUCCUUGGAAAAAAAUAAAAUUUAUAUUUAAAUAUCUAUGAUUUUUUUUUUACAUAAAAAUUUCAAUUAAAGGGUUAAUAAUAAAAGGAGUCAAAUGAUGGCAACAGAAAGAGAAAGCGCCUAAAUGCAGGCGAAAAGAUAACUAUUGCUAACUCCCCCCCUCCGUGAGCGAACAAAACCACUAGAAAAAUUACUCGCCCGCUGUGAGCGAACAAAAAUUUUUAUGGAAAAAAUUUUGAUAUAUAAGCGAUAAUUAUUAUAAUGAAAUCUCUCGCUAAUUUUGUUUAAUUUUAAACAAAAUUGCGUUUUAAAAGACAAAUUUUACAAAUUCAAUUAAUAUUUGCUUUCCAAAACUUCUGCGAAUUAGGAUUUUUUUAAAUUUCGUAAAAAAAAUUUUCUAUAAAAUUUAUAUAUAUAAAUUUUUACAAAAAAAAAUUAACUCCCUCUGUGAGUGAACGAGAUUUUUUUGCUCACUCACGUAGGGGGAGUAAAGCAGCAGCUUAAGAUUAAGCCACUAUUAACUUAUUAGCUCUUAUUUAUUAUUCUUUGCUCGGUUAUGCUUGUCCUUAUCUUACUCUAACUACUUAAAAUUAGUAAACUGUAAAGACUGAAUUAGCUUAUAUACAUUUUAUAGUAAAUUUUGUUCCUUAUUAAAUGGAGCCUAAGGAAAAUUUUUAGGAAAAAAUGAUGGCUUUGUUCGUUAUUAAAUGGGGGGGAGUUAACGACAUUUUUGAAGCUCUGGCUGGGGCUAUUUUAAUUGACUCAGGAUCUUUAAGAGUGGUAAGUCAGGUUUUUGGCUCAAUUUUGAAAUUGCCAAUGAUUCAUCUUGUUAGAAAUAAUGAAAAAUGUGGACCAAAUAUUAGGUCGAGAUUGUCUGUAUAUGGGCAAAGAGCAAGGAAAAAAAUUAGGAUUGAAGAAAGUGAUACAGACUUAGGAUGCUUAGCAACGGUUUAUAUUGAUGAAAUUCCAAUAGUCUCACACUAUUCAAAAACUAGAUGACUUGCAAAGCAGCAGGCUGCUCUUAAAGCUUACCAAAUUGUUACAAAAGAUCAAGAAUCUGCUGAAAUAGAGUCUAAUUAA